AUGCAUGUUUCUCAUUGUAUUCGAACCCUGCGUGGUCUCCCUAGUGGUGCUCUAGAAGUGGACUCGUUCAGGAUGAUGGUAGCCUACUACUCUCUGUCUUCCCUGGAUCUUCUGUCAUCGUUGGAUACAAAGGUGAAGGCAGACGAAAAGGAAGACUGGAAGAGUUGGAUCUGGAAGCAGUAUAUCGCGGAUGAGCAUAUCGCUGGUUUUCGAGGGAGCUCAUUUCUCACCGGUCCAUCAGCGUCUGCAAAGGAACCGCCUCAUAUACUCAUGACGUAUACUGCACUUCUUUCGCUUGCUAUCUUGCGAGACGACUUCUGUCGGCUCGAUCGGCGCCGUGUCCUUGCCUUUCUAGAACGAACACAACUUCCGGAUGGCAGUUUUGAACCAUGGCCUGGCAGCGAGGAAGGUGGAGACAUUCGUAUCAUCUAUGCUGCCCUCGCAACUUGCAGUAUGUUGAAUAGUUGGGAUGGCAUCGAUUUGGACAAAGCUGUUGCUUAUGUCAAAGCUUGUCGGGUUCAGGAUGGCAGCUAUGGGCAAACUCCACAUGCCGAGGCGAACGGUGGCGCCACCUAUUGUGCUGUCGCCGCUCUCAACCUGGCAUCGCAUCCACUGCAAGGGGAAGAACGGGACCGCACCGUUCGAUGGUUAGUCCACAGACAAAGGGGUGGAUUUCAAGGUCGGAUAGAGAAGGAGCAGGACGCAUGCUAUAGCUUCUGGUGUGGAGCGGCACUUACACUUCUUGGAUGUGCAGACUUCGUUGAUCGAGACGCCAAUGCGGAAUUCUUGAUGCGGUGCCAAUUCAAGCUCGGUGGAUUUGCCAAAGCUGCAGGCGAGUUUUCAGAUCCCCUCCACACUUACUUGAGCAUGGCCGCUCUCUCUAUAUAUCCUCCAUCUUGGGGAGUGCCAUUGACUACGAUAGAUCCGCUGCUUAAUGCACGCACAGAGACCGUGGCGUGGAUCAGGGAGAAGAUGAACUAA